AUGCGAGAAAUACUGAAUUUCCAUUUUGGCAAAGGAGGAAUCAACACAGGCAUGAAGUAUUGGGAAACUAUCUCUGAGGAGCAUCAUCUUGACUCAGAUGGAUUCCCUUGCUCUGACGAUGAACUUUCAUCUGAGUACAGAGGGAUAAAUUUUAAAGAAACACCUGAUGGAAAUUAUUCCCCUAGAGCCAUACUAGCUGACACUGAUUCCUCAUUUCUUGAAUCAGCGAUUAUGAAUUACUCCGGGCCAUCUUUUGAUCCACAUAACUUUAUAGCUGGAGAGAGAUUUGGCCUGUCAUGUUGGGCUAAAGGCUACUACACUGAUGGAGCAGAAAUAAUAGAUCACAUCCUUGAUGCAGCUCGAAAGGAGGUAGAAGCUUGAAGCAACCCUCAAGGGUUCCAGCUCUGACACUCCAUCGGAGGAGGCACAGGAUCGGGCAUGGGUUGUCUCCUAUUGUCCCGAUUAAAAGAGGAAUUCCCAGCAAAGAUGUGAAGUACUUUCUCUAUAUUUCCUUCACAAAAAGUAAGUGAGAUUGCUAUAGAGACUUAUAAUGCAACUCUGGCCAUUGAUAAGCUGACUGAGGACUGUGAUUUAGUCAAUGUGAUUGAUAAUGAAGCUCUAUAUGAUAUCAACACAAAGAUUCUUCAUAUUGAAUCUCCUGAAGAUAAUCAUCUCAAUGAUAUCCUGAUUCCAGCCUACAGUAGCAUCACUUCUUGUCAAAGAUUCAGAGGCGAAUCCCAUUCUACUCUUCGUAGGGUAUGAAUGGAGAUGGUUCCUUUACCUCGUUUUCCAUUUCUCAUGAUGAGUUCUGCCCCUCUUAGCUUAGAAGGUAUCCUCUUUGAUGAUGAGAGAGAGUUACAGAAUGUGACUCAACAAAUUUUUACAGCAAAACAUUUCUUGUGAGGAGUGGACAUUAGACAUGGCCGUCAUCUCUCUGGUAAUGCCAUUUUCAGGGGAAAUUGUACUCAAAAAGAUGCAGAUAUGCAGAUCAUGAACACACUAAAUCGCUCUUCGUACUAUUUUGCUGAUUACAUAGCUCACCCUUGCAAGAACGCUGUUGUUCCAGUUCCUUCUAAAGAUUUCAAUCUCUCAGGUAGUCUACAUCUCAACUCAACAUCCAUCAAUGAGAUGUUCCGGAGGAUCAAGAUGCUUCAUAAAGAUCUCUACUCAAAGCAAAAAUUCAUGUUCAAUUACCGUGCUGAGGGACUAGAAAACCAAGAAAUGGAGGAUGCCUAUUCAAACUUAGUAGACCUCAUUCAAGAAUACCAACAAGUCCAGGAUUUCACUGCUGAAGAAGAGGGUGAAUUUGAUGAGGAAUUAUAA